AGCGGAACAAAAGCCGGACGCCCCCAGCCGAGCGCCCCCGAGAUUGCUAACUCGCUUGUCCCAGCGGCGGGGACCGGCUCGCGGGGCGGGGAGGCCGGGAGCCGCGAACCAGCGGGUGUUUUCUCGUCCUCGCGGGUUCGCCGGAGGCGCUGAAGGACAGCUUCGAACGCGGGAGGGGAACAGGCCUCGCUUCCUUGACGCUUGCAGUGACGGCGGACUUCGUUAAGUUGCAAACAGCGGUGCAGAAUAGUUUGCCUACUUUGAGUUUUGGAGCAGGUCCCGGUGUUCCGGGGGCCCAGUAGGCGUCCUGGUGCUUUAAGCGCGCUCCCAGGAAUCCGCAGAGCUCUGCCAGUUGGCCCUGGAGGCCUCAGAGAGGUCUUGGGGCUUGCACAAAGACUUGGAACCUCCGGAGCUUGUGGUCUGGGCUCCAGGAAACACGACAGCCUUGGGUCUGAGAAAGGACCGCUUUUGUGGUUUCCAUUUUGUCAUUAGGUUGGUACGGCAGUUGUAUUCCGUCAGUUACCGGAGUCCCUGGCCCUGUGCACCUGCGCAGGCACCUGGUACAUUGAUCCUGUGAGAUGGCAGCCAUAAACCCGUGGCCCUCCUGGGGAACCAGUGACCUUCAAGGAUGUGGCUGUGGAUUUCACCCAAGAGGAGUGGGGGCAGCUGGACCCUGUUCAGAGAACCCUGUACCGCGAUGUGAUGCUGGAGACCUAUGGGCAUCUGUUGUCUGUGGGGAAUCACAUUGCCAAGCCGGAGGUCAUCUCUCUGUUGGAGCAAGGAGAGGAGCCAUGGUCCAUGGAACAGGCAUAUCCUCAAAGCACUGGUCCAGAGUGGAUGAGAAAUCUUGAAAGCAAAGCAUUGAUCCCAACACAAAGCAUUUUCGAGGAAGAACAAUCCCAUAGCAUGAAGUUGGAAAGAUAUAUAUGGGAUGAUCCUUGGUUCUCCCGGUUAGAAGUCCUAGGAUGUAAAGACCAAUUAGAAAUGUAUCACAUGAACCAGAGUACAGCUAUGAGGCAAAUGGUCUUCAUGCAAAAGCAAGUACUGUCUCAAAGAGGUUCUGAAUUCUGUGAACUUGGAGCAGAGUAUAGCCAGAACUUAAACUUUGUUCCAUCUCAGAGAGUUUCUCAAAUAGAACAUUUCUAUAAGCCUGGUACAAAUGCUGAAAGCUGGCGGUGCAACUCAGCCAUAAUGUAUGCAGAUAAGAUUACCUGUGGAAACCAUGAUUAUGACAAAGCCUGCCACCAGUCCAUACAGCCUAUUCAGCCUGAAAAGAUACAAACUGGAGAUAAUCUUCUCAAAUGUACUGAUGCUGUUAAAUCUUUCAAUCAUAUACUACAUUUUGGUGAUCAUAAGGGAAUGCAUACAGGAGAAAAACUCUAUGAAUAUAAGGAAUGCCAUCAAAUCUUUAACCAGAGCCCGUCAUAUAAUGAACAUCCGCGACUUCAUAUUGGAGAAAAUCAGUAUGAUUACAAAGAAUAUGAGAAUAUCUUUUAUUUCUCAUCAUUUAUGGAACAUCAGAAAAUUGGUACUGUAGAGAAAGCAUAUAAAUACAAUGAAUGGGAGAAAGUCUUUGGGUAUGACUCAUUCCUUACUCAACAUACAAGCACUUACACCUCAGAGAAACCCUAUGAAUAUAAUGAAUGUGGGACGUCUUUUAUCUGGAGCUCUUACCUUAUCCAGCAUAAGAAAACACAUACUGGAGAGAAACCCUAUGAAUGUGAUAAAUGUGGAAAAGUGUUUAGGAAUCGUUCAGCCCUUACUAAACAUGAGCGUACUCACACUGGAAUAAAGCCCUAUGAAUGUAAUAAAUGUGGAAAAGCCUUCAGCUGGAAUUCUCAUCUAAUUGUACAUAAAAGAAUUCAUACAGGAGAGAAACCUUAUGUAUGUAACGAAUGUGGAAAAUCUUUCAACUGGAACUCCCAUCUUAUUGGACAUCAGAGAACUCAUACCGGAGAAAAACCUUUUGAAUGUAAUGAAUGUGGGAAGUCUUUCAGCUGGAGCUCCCAUCUUAUUGCCCAUAUGAGAAUGCAUACUGGAGAGAAGCCCUUUAAAUGUGAUGAAUGUGAAAAAGCUUUCAGGGAUUACUCUGCCCUUAGUAAACAUGAAAGAACUCACUCUGGAGCAAAACCAUACAAAUGUACGGAAUGUGGAAAAUCCUUCAGCUGGAGCUCCCAUCUUAUUGCACAUCAGAGAACUCACACAGGAGAGAAACCCUAUAACUGUCAGGAAUGUGGCAAAGCAUUCAGAGAGCGCUCAGCCCUCACUAAACAUGAAAUAAUUCAUUCUGGAAUCAAGCCUUAUGAAUGUAAUAAAUGUGGAAAAUCCUGCAGCCAGAUGGCUCACCUCGUUAGACAUCAAAGGACUCAUACUGGAGAAAAGCCCUAUGAGUGUAAUAAAUGUGGGAAAUCCUUCAGCCAGAGCUGUCACCUUGUUGCUCAUCGGAGAAUUCACACCGGUGAGAAACCCUAUAAAUGUAAUCAAUGUGAAAGAUCCUUUAACUGUAGCUCUCACCUUAUUGCACAUCGGAGAACUCAUACUGGAGAGAAACCAUACAGAUGUAAUGAAUGUGGGAAAGCAUUUAAUGAGAGUUCUUCCCUGAUUGUACAUCUUAGAAACCAUACUGGAGAAAAACCCUACAAAUGUAAUCAUUGUGAGAAAGCUUUCUGUAAGAAUUCUUCUCUUAUUAUUCAUCAGAGAAUGCAUAGUGGAGAGAAACGCUUUAUAUGCAAUGACUGUGGAAAAGCCUUUAGUGGUCACUCGGCCCUACUUCAACAUCAGAGAAAUCAUAGUGAAGAGAAACUGUGAAUUGAAUUGAUAGAUCUUUCUUUUAUUGUACAUUUGGUAACAUAUUGAAAAAGAAAAAAAAAAGCCUAUAUACUAAGGGGAAAUUUUUUAGUAAGAAUCCAGGAAGACUUACUACUCAAUAGAACAUAUCUUCUUAGAAGAAACCUAUGAAUGAGAAGACUGGAAGAAGUUUUCAGAAGUUAUGUAGCCUUUAUUUAACUCAGAUAAUUACAGUGAAGAAACUCCAAACUCCCCUAAUGGUCCACCAGGAAUCCUACUUAAGGAACAUGGAUGUAGGGAAUGAGACUUCUUUUCGCAAGAGAUUUCAGCUAUUUGUGGAUCUGAGUGCAUUGUUGAGGGGAAAACCUUAUUCUGGGAGAAGUUUUUCAAUGACAAUACACUGUUUUGCAUCAAGCUGGAAUGAUGGAUGGGAAGCUUAGUGGAAGUACAGAUUUUGCUGUUGUAAAGGGAGGAUGUGGGUGUCCUUUAAGGAACAGAAUAUGAAAUACUAAAUCUGAAUUUAAGAAAAAAUAGUAUUGAAUGGGAUAUUUACUAUUGAUCAAGAUUAACCUUAGAAAAGAUUAGUAAAUGAGAUUACUAAUGGUGGAAAGAUUAUUACCUAGAAGUGUGAGACUGAUGGUGGAACAAGAGGUGACAGUUUAUGACCCAUUGUGUCAGUGUCCAUGGUUCACUCAUGAUUGCAUCGUUGGACAAUUCAUUUGUAAUUUGUUUUAGGCAAUCACUAAAGGUUAUAAUUGUGGACACUGCAUCAGUAUACAUAAUGUUAAGGAAUGAAAGAAUGCAAAAUUGUACAUACAUAUCUAUUAUAACAUCUUAAAAAAUGUAUACCAUCUGGAUAGAGACUGGAAGGACCCAUGGAGAAAUUAACCUUGUUAGUUUAAGAUUUUUUUUAAAGUUUUAUAAACACAUACAGCACUUAUCAUGUGCUAGGCUUUGUUUUAAAUGCUUUUCAAAUAUUAACUUGUUCAGUCUCCUUAAUUCUGUGAGAUAGGUACCUUUAUUAUCCCAAUUUUAUAAAUGGAGAAAUUGGGGCAGAGAUGUUGAGAAACCCACUUAAGUACACACAGCUAUUAAGAAAUGGAAUUGAGAUUUUUGGCUUCAGAGUCAUGUUUUUAACUACUAUGUUAUGCUGUCUCUCCAGUGGUCUUUUUCUCCUAUUUUUUUUCUUUUGUUCAGUUUUCUAUGGUAGAUAUUUAAUAAUAAAAAUCCAGAAAUCAUGAAACAAUGAGAAUGUUACCUUGCUCUCUUUCCUGAGUGAUUUCUGGUAACAUGAGAGCUAAACUCCCUUUGGAAUAUGAAAUCUGGAUUAGACAUUCAGAAUCAGUGCAUUUUCUGGGACCUGGGUUCCCUAGGAUUUCACUACCCACAACCCUGAGGAUUACAGCACAGCAAUGGCUGGGACACUCACCGGAGGUUUGGGCAGUGCUGAGGAAUGUCCCUUGAUGGGUUUAAAGUGGCCCUCACGGCACACAGAGCAAGAGACACUACUGCAUAUGGGAGCACUAUUUCUCAAGGUCUCCCUCAAAUUCCGUGUUCAUGCUUUCUUCUCUAGCUGAGAAGACUGCUUGAUAGUAGGGGGGCUUCAGAGGGAAGGAAGCUCACCAAUUCAUCAGUGUGAAGAGUGGCUCCUAGUGGAAAGAAGGCAAGAUGGUUAAGAGGAUUUAGGUCCCUUCUCUCCAAUUUACAAAUAUUUCCUGUAUUUUCCUAAAGUAGGGCUAUAAUUAGAGGCCAACAAUUCUUGGAUAGGUGUCAAGGUUAUGGGUUGGAAAUUUAGGAUGCAAAAGGUUCAUCUAGUUCUUGCAGGGCCCAUGACCCUCCUGUUGGUUGAGAAAGUGGCCUACUGGUGUGGGGAGGCUGUGUUCACCAUCUGACGCCUGUAGAUGGAACUCACAUACGUAUGUCACACCUGUUUCCCUACCUCUCAGGGCUUAAUGCAGAGUGGUCACCCAAUAAAUGUUACAGGAGUAAA